AUGUCCAAUCGUUUGUCAGAUGCUGGUCGUUUUUUACGUGGAUUGACUCGAUUAAGUCAACAAAUCGUUAAUGAAGCGACUAGAUCAGGUGAUCCUCGUCGACGUUCAUCUUAUAUAAUUGAACCUUUAACUGAACUCCUAUCAAAUAGUUUCGAUCAACUUAGUCGAAUUAAUAUUUCAAAUAUUAUAUCUACAACAACAUGGAAAUCUAGUGUUCUUAUUCGUCAAACUGGCAUUGCUAUGACAAAUGCUAUUCGAUCUUCACCAUCGUCAAUAACAUCUGUAAUUCAACCAGUCGAAAAUAGAAUAACAUCUACAACUACUUUAGCUAGAGAUAAAAUUCCAAUCCCUACUUAUCCUGAAAAGGAUGUAUCUGCAACAACAACAACUACUACUUUAAUUCAAGAUAAAGUUGUCAUUCCGACUCAUCCUCCUGCAAUAGAUACAUCAGCAAUGAGAACAACAGCAACAACAACAAAACCUAGUCUAUCUAAAGAUCAAAUCCCAAUACCAACUCAUCCUAAAAUAGAUUCUACUAUUGCAGUAGAACCAUUGUCUAUUGAACAAAAAUCUAAACCAUUAAUAUCUGAAAAAACAAUAGAUUAUCAUCCGAUUGGAAAGUCAGUUAAUUUCUUUACACCGACUACUAAAAUUGAUUCAUUAAAAGUUGAACCAACCUUCACUACUUCCUCCACAAUAGAUGAAUCGACAACACCGCUAACAUUAGAGGAUCAUCAAAAUUUGACUUUACCAGCACCACCAACAAAUAUGGAUGCUAAAGCACGAUCUGUACCUACAACAAGAAUUAGUCGUUUAGCAAGUUUUGGUUCUCUUGCUGCUGGCCUAGGUGUUGGUGCUUUAGGUUCAAUAGUUCGACGUACAGUUGGACUUGAACAAUCAUCUUCUUCCACAACUUCUCUUUCUCCAUAUUUAUCUAAAGCUAAUGCUGAACGUAUUGUUAAUACAUUAUGUAAAGUACGUGGUGCUGCACUUAAAUUAGGUCAAAUGAUAAGUAUACAAGAUAAUUUUCUUAUUCAAGAUGAUGUUCAACAAAUCUUUGAACGUGUUCGUCAACAAGCAGAUUUUAUGCCUGAAUGGCAAAUGAAUGAAGUAAUGAUGAAUGAAUUUGGUAUUAAUUGGCGUGAUAAAUUUGAAGAAUUUCAUGAUCGACCAUUUGCUGCUGCUAGUAUUGGUCAAGUACAUUAUGGUAUUGUAAAAGAUAAUAAAAAACGUGUUGCUGUUAAAAUUCAAUAUCCCGGCGUAGGUAAAUCAAUUGAAAGUGAUAUUAAUAAUUUAGUUACAUUACUCAAUUUUUGGAAUAUAAUACCUCGUGGUCUUUAUAUUGAAAGUGUUAUAAAAGUUGCUAAACGUGAAUUAAAUUGGGAAGUUGAUUAUAUUCGUGAAGCUGAAUGGGGUCGUCGUUUUCAACAUUGGUUUCGUGAUUAUCCAUCAUAUCGUGUACCAGAUAUAAUAGAUAAUUUAUCAACAAAAAAUGUAUUAACUACAACAUAUUUCGAUGGUAUGACACUUGAUAAAGCAACUAAUGAAGAUCAAUCAACACGUGAUUUUAUUGGUACAUCUAUAUUAGAAAUAUGUUUAUUAGAAUUAUUUAAAUUUAAAGCAAUGCAAACAGAUCCAAAUUGGUCUAAUUUUUUAUAUAAUCCAUUAAAUAAAACAAUUGGUCUUAUAGAUUUUGGUUCAUCACGUUCUUUUAGUCCAAUAUUUAUUGAUGAUUAUAUAAAAAUACUUCGUGCUUCAGCUGAUAAUGAUCCUGAACGUAUUAAAGAAUUAUCAAUUAAAUGUGGAUUUAUAACUGGUUAUGAAACAAUUGAAAUGAUUAAUGCACAUGUUAAUGCUGUUUUAAUAUUGGGUGAAGGUUUUCGUACAGAUGAUGCAUUUGAUUUUGGUGCACAAAAUAUAACAAAAAGUAUACAUCAAUUAAUACCAGUUAUGGUUAAACAUCGUUUAACACCACCACCAGAAGAUUCAUAUUCUUUACAUAGAAAAAUGGCCGGUGCAUUUUUACUUUGUACGAAAUUACGUUCAAGAGUUUAUUGUAAACCAAUCUUUGAACGUAUAUGGAAAGAGUAUUAUUCAUCAUAA